GCCUCGAAAGCGAAACCUUAACGGCGCUUUUGGGAGCGGAACUGGGAGCGCUGGUGUGGACUGGCUGUUGCUCAUUCCUGGGAGCCGCGCUGUCCGUACCGGUGCCGCCAUGGCGCUGCCACCCGCCGCUCUCCUGCCCGCCGCGCUGCUGGCGGCCGACGCCCUGGCCCUGGCGUUCCUGGCGCCGCUGGCGCCGCUGCUGGCGCCGCUGGGCGCGCCGGGCGUGUGGCUCGAGGCCGCCCUGCGCUUGCCCAUCCUGGCCGCGGCCGCCCGGCUGCCGUUCCCUCGCCGUCCCUCCGGAGCCGCCGCGGCCGCCGUCACGGCCGCCGCCACCCCCGCCGUGUUCGGAACCUUCCGGAGCCUCCUGGGGCCGCCCGGCGCCGGCCCGGGGCUGUUGGCGGCCGCGGCGCCCGCCUGGCUCGGGGUCACCCACGCCGCCGCCGCCCUGGCCGUGCUGGCCUGGGCCGCGCCCCCGAGCCCCGGCAGCGUCGCCGAGAGCCCCGGAGGCGUCCCCGAGGCUCCCGGCGGCGUCCGGCGCGCUCUGGCGCUGACCUGGGAGCAGCGGAACGUCCUUGGAGCUGCCGUGCUCUGCCUCGUGCUGGCCGUCGCUGGGGAGAUGGCGGGGCCCUACGCCACCGGGAAGGUGCUGGAUGCCAUCGGGAGCGGGGACGGAGUCACGGCCGGAGCUGUCGGGAUGGUGGCGGCUGCUGGAGCCACAAGUGUGCUGUUUUCUGGCUGCCGGGGCUCUCUCUUCAUGCUGUUGAUGGCGCGUCUCCGUCAGAGCCUGAGCCUGCGGCUCUUUUCCCACCUGGUGCACCAAGACCUGGACUUCUUCCAGGGAACACCGGCAGCUGAGCUCCUGGCCCAGUUUUCCAUGGAAGUGCCGCGCGUGUGCAGGGCGGCGCCGACUGGAGCCAACCAGCUGCUGCGGAGCGUGGUGAUGGCCCUGGUGGUGGGGGGGUUCAUGGUGGGGCUGGCACCGGGGCUGGCACUGCUGGCGCUGCUGGAGGUGCCCCUGGGAAUCGCCACGCGCCGCAUCCAGAGCACCCGCAAACAGGCCCUUCAGCGAUCCAUGCUGGAAGCUUCCGCCCGCACAGCCGCCGGGGUGCAGGAAUCUGUUGCCGCCAUCGAGACCAUCCGAACGUUUUCGGCGGAGGAGGAGGAGGAGGAGCAGCACAGACGUAACCUGGCCAAGGAGCUGAGGCUGAAGGAGCAGAUAGAGCUGGAGCUGGCAAUCUUUGUCCUCGUCCACAGGGUGAUCGAACUGGCCAUCCGGGUCAUGGUGCUCUUCAGGAGCCACCAGCAGCUCCGUGACGGCUCCAUCACUCCCGGGGUCCUCGUCACCUUCCUGCUGUACCGGGACAGAGUUGGCAGCCAUGUCCAGGUGCUGCUCUACGGCUUCAACGAAUUCCUGACCAACGCAGCUGCUGGGCAGAGGAUCUGGGAAUACCUGGAUUGGAAACCCGCAGGGAAUGUCGGGGGCACGCGGGAGCCCCCCGAGCUUCAGGGCCACGUCACCUUCCAGAAGGUCUCCUUCGCAUACCCCGGGAAUCCAGAGCGCCCUGUGCUGAAGGACGUGAGCUUCCAGGUGCGCUCCGGGGAGGUGACGGCGCUGGCGGGGCCCAAUGGCAGCGGGAAGAGCACGGCCGUGGCGCUGCUGGGGCGGCUGCGGGAUCCGGGCAGCGGGACGGUGCUGCUGGACGGGAUCCCGCUGCCAGAGUACGAGCACCAGUACCUGCACCGCAAGGUGGUGCUGGUGGAGCAGGACCCCGUCCUGUUUUCUGGAACGAUCCGUGAGAACAUCCUGCUGGGGCUGGAGCACUGCAAAGAGUCAGAGCUGCGGGAGGCCGCCAUUGCUGCUGGAGCCAUGGAGUUCAUCCAGGGGCUGGAGCAGGGCUGGGACACUGAGGUCGGGGAGCGCGGGGGGCGGCUGGCGGCCGGGGAGCGGCGCCGUCUGGCCCUGGCCCGGGCCCUGCUCCGGCGCCCGGCCGUGCUCAUCCUGGACGAGGCGCUGGACGAUGGAGAUGACGGAGCGGCACAGCGCUGGGUGCGCACUGGGCUGGCCCGGACCGUGCUGGUCGUGUCCCACCGGCCGCGGGUGCUGGACGGGGCCGAUCGCCUGGUGCUGCUGGAGCGCGGGGCCGUGAUGGAGACGGGAACACCGGCGGAGCUGCGGGAACGCCGCGGCGCCUACAGCCGCCUGCUCCUUGGAGGAGGCAGCGCCGGGCAGCCCGAGGGCCCCGGGACGGGCAGCGAGCAGGGGGCUGCAUCUGGCAGGGAAUAAAGGGGAAUCGGCCCCAGUGUCCCCAUUCCUGGUGGCUGUGUCCCCAGCCAGCUCCCGGUGUCCCCAGUCACGGUGUGCUGUGAAUCCCUCAUCCCCACAUCCUCAGGAUCCCAACUCCCCGU